UCUAAUAACAUGAUGUUUACCCCAUAACUACCGGUGCUUCAAAUGGUGCGCAAAAAAACUGGUGAAAACACCUUAAGAUUGACCACAAAUGAUGUAAAAAUGCUUAUAUAAUACAUGGGUUUCAGGUAUUUGAAUGCAAUUUCAAUGAUCAUUGGUAUGACUGACUGACUGACGCCAACUAACGAAAGCAAUGCAAAUAUCGAUUGGUUUACUGAAGGCUUCACUCACUCAUAGGCUUAACGUUAACCUCAAGUCCGCAAACACUGACUGACUCUCUUUCAGAGCUGUUUAUUAGAGAUUCAACACAACAACACAUACCGUAUAACACAUACCAGUGUUUGUGUUUGAGAGCCGAGACUUACCUUUAAAAAAGCAAAGCAUUUGAUACAUACAUACAUAGAGUGAACGUUAGAGAGAGUGUCAAAUGAAAGCCUAACUUAUAUGAUAUGAUAUACAGUAUUGAAAAAACAUUUCAUAUAUAAAAAAGUGCAAAAAAAACUGGAGAACCAGUCCUUUAACUAUUAUUAUAGCUUUUAUACGGUUUUCAAUGCUAUUUGUUGAAUGUCUGUGCACUACAUCACUGGCUAUUAUGGUCUCCACUAUUGAUAAGCUAUGUUAUUAUGGAUGGCAUACCUGUUGUGUUGCCAUUAAUGUCCAACUCUGCUAACUAUUGACAGUCCAGUGGCAGCACAACAUCAAUAAUAUGUGAUAUAUUUUUGUGAGCCAUUAAUCAAACAAUUUUAUGAUUGAAUUUAAUGAACGGAUGAAUGAAAAACACCUAAAAAAGAUGUGAAAUAUUUUUAUUUAUUAUUAUAAAUCAAACAAAACUUUUGUUAAACCAUUUGGUGUUAUUAUUAGUAUUAUUAAUGAAAAUAAUUUUAUUGACAUUUUUGGUAGCAAUAGAUUUAAAUCAAAUUCACACUACUUUUAAUAAUUUGUUGAAAAGUGUUUUUUUUAUUAAAAAAUAGUAAUUUGUUUUAUGUGGUUAUUAUAUAAACUUUAUAAAAAGUUAAUAGUUUUAUAAUUGAUUUUUAAGUAUUUAUUAAUAAACAACAUUUAAAAGACCGUGAAAUAUAAAAUAUCAAAUUAAAUAAUAAUAAUCAAUUUUUUAUUAAAAUUGGUUUAAUAUACUUUAAGUUAAUUUAUAACUAUUUUGACAACUACUACGAAUCAAUAAACAACAACAAAAAAUGUUAAUAAUAUGUUAAGUAAUAAUUAUAAUAUUAUAAAAUGUCAUAAAUUAUUAGUCCAUUUUAAUUAAUGAAAAGUAGUAUUAAAGCGCACAAUGAAUGUGACCAUCAAAUUGCCGGCCAAUACCAUAAAUGGUCUAAAAUUUAGCCAUUUGUUGCAUUUAUUUGUGUUAAUAUCAGUUAUAAUUGUAUCACUCGAUGUCCGGUUGGUUUUGGCGACCAAUUGUGUGGCCGAUAAGUGUCAGUGUGUUUGGCGUACCGGCAAAUAUACGGCCGACUGUUCCCUCCGGAAGCUCACACUAUUGCCUCAGGAUAAAAACUCAGAGGAGAUACAAAUAAUGAAUUUGACCAGGAACAGUUUCUAUGAACUCAAAACUAAUGUAUUUAUUCAAUCAUAUCUGAAUAAUCUACAAAAAAUAUAUCUUCAACAAGUUGGCUUAGAGAAAGUCGACGACAAAGCAUUUAAUGGACUCAAAAAUGUGAUUGAAUUAGACUUAAGUGUGAAUAGUCUUAAAUACAUUCCCUCCCAAUCAUUGUCAUCGAUGACCAAAUUGCGGACAUUAGAUAUGUCAUCCAAUUUGAUACCAUUCGUUAACAAACAUUCAUUUCAUAACUUAACUGAUUUGAAGACAUUAUCAUUGGAAAGAAAUCGUAUCACAUUUAUAGACGACAUGGCAUUUGAUGGCCUCAUAAACUUGUCAUAUCUUAAACUAAGCCAAAAUCAAUUGACAACAAUGCGGAGCCAAAUACUGGAUCCAUUGACACAAUUACAUUCACUGACAUUAAGUGAUAACAAAUGGCAAUGCGAUUGUACUUUAAGGUCUUUCCGUAAAUAUCUAUUGUCCACUACAAGAAUUACUGUGAUAGAUGAACCCAAAUGCUAUGAUACCAUACACAGCAACUAUAUCGACAAAUGGAACCAAUUGGGUUUGAGUUGGUUUCUAUGCGCUCCUGUGAUAUCCAAUUAUAGUGGUGUUAGUAGUAAUGUUAACGUUAACGAGGGCUCAACACUGGAACUGGAGUGCGGUAUUGUUUUGACAGAUGAUGACGACCAGCAACUAUCCAUCCAAUGGUAUUGGAAUACCAUUCCCAUCACAAAUAACAGCAAAGGCUGUGGUGAGGACUGUCAGAUCAAAUCAAACCAACAAUUUCUCAUAAAUGAAAACCAAAGCGUUAAAGUCAACAAUCAAAAUCUAAGAGUAUCGCGACUGCAGCUCUCAUCCGUCCAAUCCUUCAAUAGUGGCAAAUAUAUAUGUAUUGCAGAUAAUAGGGCCGGAAAAGCGGAAAAACCAUUUACGGUUAGCGUAACGGCUUUGGGAUCAAGAAAUGGUGUCACUGCUGCCGCCGCUGCUUCUGAAUCUCAUUUUGGCAAUGAAAGCACUGAUCCCAACAAACCUGUUUCAGAGAUUGCAACGGAUAACAUAGUCGUCGGUCUAAUACUUGGUAUUCUCGUCGGUGUUAUGUUUGUCUUAAUAUUGUUCGGAAUAUCUGUGAUUUUGUUGUGUCGACGACGUCAACGGCGUUAUCACAAUUCAAACCAAGAAACCGAUAAUAUCAGUGAAGGCACAGAAUUGGAGAAAUUGACACCAAAUUCAAACAAUUCAACUCUUCGUGUGAAUCCUAUUCAAAAGCCUCCGCGAAUGGCUUUAAAUAAUUAUAAUUCAGAUUAUCUGUCGGAAAAAGAGAUGCCAGAAGUAUGGCUUAUGAAACAUCACAAUAACAACGGACACCACAACAACACCAUAAACUCUCACAAUCAGAGUUACGCCGAAAGUGAUUACUCGACAACACUGUUAGUCAAUGAUAAUCAUUACGAACCAAUUGAUAUGAUUCAACCGUAUGCCGAAUCAGUCAGCACUGUCAUCACUGAACCUGAUUUAAUUAAUCCGUCAGUCUAUGUCCGGGACAGACCAUUUCAAGAGACCGAUUUGGAUGAUAUAAUUAGUAUUAAUUCACAGGGAACUGAAGUAUAACAAUACUACUACUACUGUAUUAUAGAUAUAUUGAAGAUUAUAUUCAUUACAAGGGAUGUCAUGAUUUGGACAUCAAUUUCACUCAGUAGUUGAAUAUUAACUUCAAUACAUAUAUUUCUAUAUUUAUCAAUACCUCUAAAGAUGAUGUAGUUUUUCAUAUAUAUA